AUGUUAGAAAAUAGCAACUAUACUAUCACAUCAUUAAAUACUGGUGCAUUUAAACGUGCAAAACAAAAUGAUGGUACAAUAUUAAAUCAUUCAUUUACAUCAUCUCUACCUCAUUCUCAAGAACAACAACAACAACGUAAUCAUUCAUCAGCUCGUCGUCGACAUCGAACAACAUUUACACAAGAACAACUUAAUGAACUUGAAUUAUCAUUUGCUAAAGGGCAUUAUCCUGAUAUAUAUUUACGUGAAGAAUUGGCACGAGCAACGAAAUUAAAUGAAGCACGUAUACAGGUAUGGUUUCAAAAUCGACGAGCAAAAGCUCGUAAACAAUCACAUAAUUCUUCAUCAUCAGGUAGUAUGUCACUAUCAUCUGUUCGUUUAUCAUCAAAAUCAUUUUCAACAAAUCCAACAUCAUCAUCAUUUCAUCAAAUGUUUAAUGGACGAGCAAAUGCAUCAACUUCGUCUCCAACAAGUAUUAUGAUGACAACAGAUCCUGCGAUGUUUUAUUCAUCAUUUCCACCAUCAUCAUCAUGUGAUUUUAAUACUCGUUCAACAAUUGAAAAUGCAAUGUCAUUUCAUUCUCAAUAUCCACAACAACAUCAAAAUACAGAAGAUGAAUAUACAAGAAAUAUACGUAUGCAAGAUUUAAUCAAUCAUCAUUCAAAUUUAUACCAUCAUUGA